UCAGUUUCCUGUUCUAAAAGAAACCGAUCCCCACACUCUCUUUCUCUCUCUAAAAAUUCCGGUGAAAUGGUCGCCGUAAGUCCAUUUUCCGGCGAAUAUCCCGGCGAUAUAGUUACCUGAUAUCGGAUCGAAAAUUAAUUCUCUCCAGCAAUGGAAGCAUCACCACACCGGUUUUGCUCUCCGGCGACGCUGAUUUCCGGCUGGCAGAAAUAAGUAGCAGGUUUUCCUGUGAGAUCCGAAUUGGUUUCCUUACCCGGUUAAUAUCCGAAUCGCUAUCUGUUUUCCUUACAGAAUAAUCCAUUUCCUAUUCAAUUUACCUCUUUGCUCAAGUUUAAUUAGCUUUGUUCUGUUUAUCUUAUAUUUUCUGCUUCAAAAUAAGGGAAAAUUUCUGAAUAAUUUGUGAAAUUUUAAUCUUAGUGGGAAAAAAUAAGCUCAAAACAUGAGGAAUUUUGAAUAUUUUGGGUAAUAUUUUAAAGUAUUUGAUUAGAGCAGCUAGAGUUUUGACAUAUACAUGUAGUUGUAAUUGUUGCUGCUUGAUUGAUGGAUAGUUAAUAAGCAGCUGGAGUUCUUUGCUUUUUGGUGACAGAUAAAUUGUAUUUUGACUUUUUUUCAAGUGUGUGAUUGGUUGGAAAUUCUUGGUUGUGUAUGAUAACAUGGCUUCUGAAACUAAGAAGUCGAAGAAAGAGUUUGUUUGUUGCGAUAAGGUUAAUAAGUAUGAGUAUUUGUUUGAGAAGGAGGAAGAGGAGAAGGGGAAGAGAAUGAGGUUAGAAGAUGAUGAUGGUCAUUGCAAAUUUAGAUCAAGUGAUUCACUUCUUCCAGGCCUACAUGAUGAUGUUGCCUUAACAUGUCUUGCUUGGGCUUCUAGAUCAGAUUAUGCGUCGUUGUCAUGCCUGAAUGCCAAGUUUAACUCACUAGUCAAGAGUGGUUAUUUAUAUGAUUUGAGGAGGCGGAUAGGUGUUGUUGAACAUUGGGUUUAUAUGGUUUGUGAUCCUCGGGGUUGGGAGGCUUUUGAUCCUUUCAGAAAUAAAUGGUUGAGAUUGCCAAAAAUUCCUUGUGAUGAUUGCUUUAAUUAUGCAGAUAAGGAGUCAUUAGCAGUUGGUAGUGAACUACUGGUUUUUGGUCGUGAGUUGUUUGAUUUUGCUAUAUGGAAAUACAGUUUGAUUCAAAACAACUGGGAAAAAUGUGAAGGGAUGAAUCAUCGUCGUUGUCUGUUUGGAUCAGGUAGUCUUGGUUCAAUUUCUGUUGUUGCAGGGGGUACUGACAAGAAUGGUAAUGUACUAAAAUCUGCUGAGCUUUAUGAUUCUUUGACCGGUAUAUGGGAAAUACUGCCAAACAUGCAUUCUCCCCGUAGAUUGUGCUCUGGCUUUUUCAUGGAUGAAAAAUUUUAUGUGAUCGGUGGGAUGACUAAUCCUACCGAUUCUUUGACUUGUGGGGAAGAGUUUGAUCUACAAACGAGGAAGUGGAGGAAAAUUGAGGGCAUGUAUCCAAACGUCAAUAGAGCUGCUCAGGCACCUCCUCUUGUUGCUGUUGUUAAUAACCAACUAUAUGCAGUUGAAUAUCUAACCAAUAUGGUAAAGAAGUAUGACAAGAAAAAAAACUCAUGGGAGGUAUUGGGAAGACUUCCCGUGAGGACUGAUUCUUCGAAUGGUUGGGGUCUUGCUUUCAAAGCACGUGGUGAAGAACUUCUGGUGGUAGGUGGCAACAGGGGUCCAGAAGGUGAAGCUAUUAUAUUGAGUUCUUGGGCACCAAAAUCAGGGUGUAAAGACGGCACCUUGGAUUGGAAGGUCAUCGGCCUGAAAGAGCAUUCUGGGGUCUUUGUAUACAAUUGUGCCGUGAUGGGUUGUUGAGAAGUUCAUCCAACCAAAUGGAGAAAGAAGUCACUCGUUUCAACCGUUGUUUUUAGCGUAAUUCCAACAUAUUGUUUGAUUUAUUAGCAUUUUUUUUUUAUUUAACAUCUUUCAGGUGUUUGAGAUAAGCAGUUGUUUUAGCUAAAACAUCCUCUUAACUGGAUGGUUAUUUUCACUCA